GCGCCCGCCUCGCCCGAACCACGUGACCCCGCGGGCCGCGGUCGCGAUCCGGCGGCGGUAGAACCCACUCGGAGUCAGGAGACCCGAGCGAGAAGCUGCGGCCCCGGCGCUCGCCAUGGAGAUGCAUUUCAUCUUCUCAGAUAAGGUGGUGCUUCUGUUUGAUUUCUGGAGUGUCCACAGUCCUGCAGGCAUGGCCUUUUCGGUGUUGGUGGUCCUGCUCCUGGCUGUGUUGUAUGAAAGCAUCAAGGUUGGCAAAGCCAAGCUGCUCCACCAGGCUCUGAUGAGCCUGUCCAUCCCCACCAGCCAGCAGCUCAUCGAAGAGAUGGACCAGGAUUCUUCAGGCUCAGACUCACCUCCAGUGAGCAAAACCCGCCUCAGGUGGUUUUUGUGUCACUUUGGCCAGUCGCUAAUCCAUGUUGUUCAGGUGGUCAUUGGCUACUUCAUCAUGCUGGCUGUCAUGUCCUACAACACCUGGAUUUUCCUCGGUGUGGUGCUGGGCUCGGCUGUGGGCUACUACCUAGCCUACCCGCUUUUCAGCAUGGUUUAGCUGGUAAGGGCUGUGCAGGCACCGAAGGCUGGAGAGAGCUGGGGCUCCCUCUUCCAGACAUUGAACUUCCAGUCCCACGUCUCCAUUUUCUUCUGACGGCUGUUCCUCGUCUCACUCCCAGCUUCUGGAAACUUGCAGCUGACGCCAGCACUUGCUCCCUGGAGUUCAGAGGCCAUUGCACCUACCUCUCUCCUCAGCCAGCCAGCCCAGGCCUCAUCUUCUUGUGCCUUAAGAAGGCUGCUGUGACCAGAGGGAGAAUGGAGAGAACAGAACCUGAGGGCACGGUUGCUGAGGCCGUGAUGACUUAUCUCUGUGACUCAAAACUUAAGAAUUCCCGGAGCCAGUCCUGACGGCCUAGCGUGUUAAGUUCAGCACGCUCCGCCUUGGUGGCCUGGGUUCAGUUCGAGGGUACAGAACCACACUAUGGUCUGUCAGUAGCCAUGCUGUGGCAGCAGCUCACAUGGGAGAACGAGGACUUACAACUAUAUACAACUACGUCCUGGGGCUUUGGGGCGUGGGGGAGGAAGCCUGGCAACAGAUGAUAGUGACGGGUGAAUCUUCCCUUGCAAAAACAGAACAAACUUAAGAAUUCCCAAAGAUCUACAAGACAGGGAGGUGGGUUCUGGGUGAUGAGGAGCAUGGAAGCUGGCUCCCCUCUGCUCUCCCGAUCAGUGCCUUAUCUAGAGGAGCAUCUUCUAUUGGACUUCCUGACCUCUUCUGUCUUUGGGGCCAGAGACAAA